AGUGGUCCUGUGGCUUGAACUCCAAAACUUUUGCUUGCUGGGCCAGUGUUCUGUCACUGAUCCAUUCCUCCAGUUGUAGCUCUUUGUUUCUAAGAUUAGAAUUUUGAAAGGUAAAAUUACAGUGAACAUGAUUCAAAUGAAUUUGAUGAAAGAAGAUGAUGAAUUGAAUUAAUUCAUCCAUUGGCCAUCUGAGAAGGAGCUAUUUGAGAGUUCAUUUGGGGUCAUAUUAAAAGAAUUUGGUUUCUCAGUAAGUGUUCUUUGUAUUUUUUUGCAGUGAUUGCUAAUUUGUGUUAUGCUGAAAAUAUCCUUCCAUGGGAAAAAAACCUGAAAAACUGAAAAGAUAAAACUAUAAUUACCAGUAUUACUAGGGUUUAAGUUAGGUCCAAAGUCGCAAUGAUUAGCCUUUCUUUAGCAGAUGCAGCAUCUGGAGAGAAAUCUUUCUGUGUCUUCAAGCAUUUUUUUAAGAUUUACUACCCAGGACUCUUGGUCUGGGUCAGUCAAGGAGCAUUUCCAGACAAGAAAAUGGAUGGAAGUCUUCCUAAGGGAAGGUUUCCCGUCCCCAAGGAAGUGAACCGCAAGAAGGAAGACGAGGAGCCCGUGGCCGCCUGCCAGCCUCCCCCGGGCCGCGCCGACCGCCGCCCCCCGCCUCUCAGUGACCGCCGCUCGUUCUAAUCGUGACACCUCCGUUUGUAUCACACCUGGUGUCUGGGUGUUGGUGAGGUCAUGGUAUCAUAUAGAGGAUUGUUUUCUGUGUAAAUCAUCAAGUGUAAGAAGAAACUAUGGGACUCUGGGCCUCGCUUUACAGAAUUUCCAGUGGACAAACAGGUCUCAUCAAGCCAGUUUCGCAUCCUCCUGACUCACGUGAAACCGCUCACAAUUUCACACUGUGAAUCCACGUUUACAAACCCCUCCAGGUGGGCCUUCAGGCCUGGUUCGCUAGACGACGUCUUCCACCACUCGAACCCCACCCGCCGCGCUCUCGAGCGCCCGGUCCGCCCCGCCGUCUCCCUCCACCGCUCCUGACUGCUCUUUGCAGAGGCUGAGAGUCCCUUUUUUUUUUUUUUUUCAUUUAGAUGUAACAAGCCUAGUAGUUUACGUUCAUCAAUUGUCUGUAUAUCUCUCUAUUUUACCCAUGUACUCUUUUAGUGUAUAGAAGUAGUUCGAAGCUCAUUGUUUCCUUGUGGUAAGUGACCGAGAUGCUACCACAGGAUCUGAGACACUGAUGAAUGGUGCUAUUUUGGACUUUCAGCAUACUCCUUGGCGAGGUAGCUCUGACGGAGUUCUUUUUUAUUUCCAUGUUCUAAGAAGGUGUUGGUACUCUGUUUCCCUGAAUGUCGUCCUCUAGACUGGAUUGGCUUGUUUCCUUGUGUCUUCAGUGUGGCUUUCUUCCUCCGUGCUGUAGGGUGAAUGAAUGCUACCAAGAGUGUGAGAGACUACCGUCUCCCUGGCUGGCACUCACGGACAACGCAGUCAGCGUAGCGGGAGCCGUUGCAAAACUGUAAUGCACUUACCCAACCUCUUCCUUUACUCAGCCUCGCCUGCCUGACUUAGAGAAAGACAAGCAAUAAUCUUACAGGCAUUUGGAGGUGUCUCUUUGGAUUCUUUUCUGUUUGACUGGAUAUUUGGGGGAAGGGUACACAUUUUUUUAAAAGUCCAGUGGUGGGUGGGCGGGGGAGACACAAAGCACUGGAAUUUAAGUAGGAAUAAUGAACAUUACUUAUCUGACCCAAAAAUUAAGUUGCAAAAAAACCUAUCUUUACACGUAACUCUGAUAAAAGGGGGAGCGCUCUCUUUUGUCUGACAGUUUUUGAUACUCCAAGUGUAGACUUUGCAAUUUGGUUCUUGCUCCUGAUGAAAUGGAUUAAACACACAAAAAUCAGAUCAGAUAAUACCAUCUACUCCUGGAAUUGUUGUUUGUGUUAGCCAGUCUGAAAGCCCACCUUCAUUUUUAUACAACUGUCUUUUAGCUCUUCCUUUGACAGGGCAGGCCUUGUUCUGAACUGCUUCUCCCUCCGACUGUUAAACAUGACUGCAUGCGCCGCAUUUCUUUGUUCUUUCCUGUCUCCCCCAUUGGCCUGAGUUUCUUGUGUGUCCCUCCCACCCCCCCUCCUUUGUUAGAAUAAGUAUAUCAGCUGUGUAAAUAGAGCAAGAAAAACAGUAUUCUGCAUCUGUGGCAUUUAUGUAGAGUUGCGGUUGUGUGCUGCUGAAGAGGCAGGCUUUUGUAAGCGAUGUGAUCUUUACUGAUGCACUCACAAGUACCCAAUGUAUUUUAGCUAUUUUAGUAGUAUUUGUUCAAUAAAUAUGCAAGCUGUAUGAUCACUGUC